GGUAAUCAUUUUCGUUUCCCAGGCCUACGGCUAGGCUGAUUAAGUGAAUGAAUCAAGACGCAAAUGUCUCGCGUUUGAAACAACCUCCGUCCGAAAGUUACAGUUGUUCGUCGUUCUCAGUGAAGAACACGAACCAAGGCUCAAGAACCAAGACAAGAACUGAAGUAUUUAGAAAUUGUAGCUGCACCAAACUGAAGCGGAUCAGCAGUGCUGAAGCACCAUGGCUCACCUCGCCAUCCUGAAAUGCCCGUUCCUGUCCCGGCUGCCCCAGGGCUUUGCCAAGAGGGCCGGCACCUCGCUCUUCACCUACAGCGAGAAGUGCCCCGUCAUGAACCAGCUGCUGGCCCGCCACGCCUCCAAGAAGCAGGUGGAGGAGGAGGAGAAGGAGAGCCAACCGGAGAACAACAGUGAGCAGGAAAAAGGUACUAUUCCAUCGCCCCGCAAUGCCAGCAAGUGCCCAUUCCUUGCCAACAUGGAGGAAACGCAGAAGCUGACCCGCAUCAUUGACUCUGACCUCAUCGACUCAUCGGACAAGGAGACAGUUGUGAAGGCCACGCCUGUCAAGCCCGAUAAGGCUGUCAGCAAAGACGUUGCAGACUUUCUCAAAGACAACGGCACCUUUGACUACAACAAGUUCCUGCAUGACAAGGUGGAGGCCAAGAAGCGAGACCACACCUACCGCAUCUUCAAGAAGGUCAACCGCAUCGCUGAAUCCUUCCCCUAUGCUGAGGAGUACUCCUGCCCCGGCGGUGGCCAGGAGUCGCUACCCAUCUCGGUCUGGUGCAGCAACGACUACCUGGGCAUGAGCAGGCACCCCAAGGUCAAGGAAGCUGUCAAGGAAGCCAUUGAGAAGCACGGCACCGGGGCGGGCGGCACUCGUAACAUAUCGGGCAACUCCACCUACCAUGAGCAGCUGGAGGCUGCCGUGGCCACGCUGCACCGGAAGGAGGCCGGUCUGCUCUUCACCUCCUGCUUUGUGGCAAACGAUUCAACUCUCUACACCCUUGCCAAGUCCCUACCAGGUUGUGCCAUCUACUCGGACUCAGGCAACCACGCCUCCAUGAUCCAAGGUAUUCGCAACAGCGGUGUGCCCCGCUUUAUAUUCCGGCACAACGACGUUGCCCACCUGGAGGAGUUGCUGCAGAAAUCGGAUCGCUCCAAGCCCAAGAUAGUAGCCUUUGAGACGGUUCACUCCAUGACCGGUGACGUAUCCCCACUGAAGGAGCUGUGCGACGUAGCCCACCGCUACGGAGCCAUCACGUUCGUGGACGAAGUCCACGCUGUGGGGUUGUAUGGCGAUCACGGUGCUGGGGUUGCGGAGCGAGACGGCUGCCUGGAUGACAUAGACAUCAUAUCCGGUACUCUAGGUAAAGCUUACGGCAUGGUAGGUGGCUACGUCACGGGUAACUCGGACCUGAUUGACAUGGUGCGUAGCUACGCCGCUGGUUUUAUCUUCACCACAGCACUACCUCCCAUGAUCCUAGCCGGGGCCAUGGCAUCUAUUGAGGUGCUCAGGAGCGAGGAAGGGCGAUCUCUGCGGGCUCGCCACCAGGAGUCAGUGAAAGAGAUGCGCUACAAACUCACCCAAGCCGGCUUGCCCGUCAUUGACUGCCCCAGCCAUAUCAUUCCCAUUCAUGUCGGUAAUGCUGAGAAGUCCACCCAAGUGGCCAACCACCUGCUGGUCAAUUAUGGCAUGUACGUGCAGGCCAUCAACCCACCCACUGUCGGCCGUGGGGAGGAGCGGCUGCGCAUCGCCCCAACACCCUUCCACACCUCGGCCAUGAUGGACGAGUUUGUGCAGGCCCUGAGGACUGCGUGGACAGAGUGUGGCUUGGUGCUGGGUCCGUCCCAGCCCCUGCCCCAGGCGAGUAUGGAGUGCCGAUUCUGCAAGGAGAUGCGGCCUUUCGACAUGCUGUCGGACCUGGAACGGGAGUUCUUCCUGAACGGGGUCGUCAAGCCGAUGGUCAGGGUGUCCUUCGGCGAGUAAUGAAGACUGCCAACUGUCCAGGGCGUCAUUUGCUCCCCCUCCCAUUUUGUCACCCUCUGACAGGUCACGAUCAAUAUUGCAACCCUAUCGUAAGCCAUGUCCUGAAUUUCCCUGGCUGCGGCUGGAUAUGUGUGCCCAUUGAAAUCACUGGCUGGUGCCCUGAGCCGAUUCCCAUAGACGUGCAUGUGACUCCAACCCGCAGCCAGUCAAAUCAGACACAGCUCCACAAGUCAAUUCCUUGCAACUCAAGUCUCCUCCCAGAAUCCUCCCCAAUCCAGCACUGCGUCGGAAAACAAUGUAGCAGUCCUCACACUUAAACCUACAUCCCUGUGUUAAUUCCCCUACAGUCGUGUUCUCUAUGGGUCCGUAUGUCAUCAACAGAGUAGAGAAAGUGCUAGCACAUAGUCAUUGCUUACGUCAAAUAAUCCAAAAACGUCCAAGGGUAUGCGAAGCUUAUGGUCAAGGUGUCUGUCUAGUGUUUGAAGCUGGCCAAGACACCCUCAAGUGAAAUCUGAGUCACAUAGUGGUUUUAUUUGUAAAUGCUGUUUCGUUGUUCAAAAGGCUUACUCAAAGAAGUUCUGGUAGACAGUGGGAUUUUCAUAAGUGAUAAUAAUUGAUAUUAUCUUGAGUUAAACUGUGCUUUAAAGCUUAGCUGGAAAUUGCUCCUUAAAGAUCACGUGCACAUUGGUGUGACACCCACUACCAAAAAGAAGAAAAUUAGAAGGGGGGAAUAGUUAUAGCAUUAUAUACAUUUUAUAUAUAUACGUUCACAUGAUCAGAACACCUUUGUUAUUGGAACAAUUCAUUAUUUGAAAAUCAUCUGUGGCCGUUCCAGAUGGUUCACUGUUACGUGUUUUACAAUAGAUUUUGAAUUAUUAUUAAAAAAGGACUUAUAUUGGUAUUGAAGAUAAAUCACAGUUAUAUUUUUAUUGUUGAAUUUUACUAGUUCCAGUCGCAAAUGUACAUAUUUAAGAAGAUGAAACAUAAAGAUGGAAAGAACAUAAUUCUUCAAGUAGUUAUUGAAUUUAUUGUUUAUCCAUUAGUCUCUGUAAGUACUGUAUUACUUUUUAAAAAGGCCACACUGAUUUUUUGGGGAUGGAGGUUUCAUUUUAAACUGAAAUUACUUCUUGGGCCAUUUGACGUAAAAUGUUAUAGUCGUGUAUUGCACUAGUUAUAUUAAUUGGUCUUUGUAUGGUACUGAUAGCUAAUUUCCCUUAUGCUGUCCUGUGGUGCGCUGGCACAUGUAGGUUAGAAAAUUUUAAUUUUGUUCAAAGUUUAAUUAAGACCCCAACUUCAGGAAUUCCAUUUUAGUCUUACUUUUGAGGGCUUCUAACUCACAAAUUUACCAAGAAUAUAUGUUCAUAGGAAAACAAACCCAACAACAUUCAGGAAGAACCCUAGGGCCAGUUCGAGCAAGGACCGCUAGUUAACUAGUGGUUGGUUUGCGACGCACCAAGUGCAUGUGCAGUGAAGUUACAGUGCGAACGACCCUAGUCAACCGUUGGUAGGUCGUCAGGUCAAAUGGGAGAAAAGGUGGCCGCAGGAAGGGCAAAAUAGCAAAAAAUAAAAGUGAAAAUUAUCAUUUACUCGUGACUUACUGUUUUCCCAGCAUAACUCUUGUAACUGGUCCUCUCUGCACUGUGCUAUUAAAAACGAUUUGUGGCAAACCAACGAUGCUACCAACCUCGAUAGGCUGGUUGCGAAUAGUUAACUAGACUAGUCCAACCAUCGUUGACUAACCUACGUUCAAUCAGUUAGUCCAACUAUGGUUAAUUAUGGUCCUUGAUCUAGGUUGCCCCUAAUUGCUCCUGAUUUGUUAGUGUGUAACUGUUUGAAGUGAAACUGAUGCUUGGUGUUUUUAGUUGUUUUUUAAAGCCAUAAUUGAAGAUGCAAUUCACCACAAACUGAGCCAGUAUCAAGGGGCAAAAUCUGUUCAGCCCUUAGCAGAGUGCUCUCCCCUUUAUCCUUAAUCAUUACUUCUUGAAUUAUCUGGCGAAAGAAGAGCUUUCAAGCCACUUUCAAUUCAACAUCAUCUCACCCCAAGUUGGCGAACAAAUCUAUGCCCUUGGGAAUUAUAUCAAUGAGUAGUAGGAUAUUUUUUAGGGAUUUAUUGAUAUGUAGUGCAUUUAGUUUGAUUAAAGAUGAUGUGGAAUUUUUACCAAUAAAUGAACAUUUUGGGGGAAAAUAAACAAGGGCAUUGUUUGCUUUUGUGUCAUGUUUUUCUGUAAAUGAA